UCUGGCUUGCAAGGGCCGGAAGUGUAGCGUUGCCAUAGCGAGGACCGAGCGCGGGGUCCGCCCCCGCGACGCCGGGAGGAGCGCCGGGCAGAGUGACCUGCAGACUGGAUCUGAUCGGCUGCGCGGCGGUAGCGUGCGCGAGGCGGAAGGCCAGUGGGAGCUGCCUGCUUCCUGUUGCUUGAUCAGCAUCUCCUCUGAAGGAGAGGUCCUCCUGAAGACACAGUGGCCAGGCCUGCUGUCUUCAGUGCCCUGGCUGCUGCUUGUAGAGUCUGAGCCCCAGGCACUGAGGUCCAGGACCCCAGGACUGAGCACAUGCCCUGCCCUGGCCUCUUUGGCCACGGAACCCGCCCUCCGGCUACACCUGAUCCUUAGCACCAAUGCACCAACCCUGGAAAAUGGACAGGACAGGGGAGGGGGGACCAGACCAGGCCAUGGCUGCUCCCAGGGUCCCUCAAGCUCCUGAGGCCUGAAGGUGAGGGGGGCUUCUAGGGUCCCAGGGGCCUCUGCCCAUUGCCCUGUUCUCUCUUUCCCCUCGGCAAGGUGCCAGGAAGCUGCAACUUUGUUAUCUGGGUAAUUAGCUUCAGACCCUGGACUGAGCUGCCCGGGUCCCAGGCUGCUUCCCAUAGGCUGUGCACCCUGACCCCAAGAAGGAGUGAGGCCCUGCCCAUUGAGGGGCUGAGGUGCCAGGGCUCCUGGGAGGUGAGCCACAGGCACCUUCUCUACACUGUCCUUUCUGCAUGGGGCUCCUGCCCUUCAGGGCUGCCUGGGCCUGGUCACAGUGUGGGGCCUCUUGACCCAGCCUUGCCAGGGGCGGAGGGCACUGACCUUUAGGGAGGGGAUGCCCCCAAGGGCACCAGUCCAGCGAGCUGCCCCACCCUUCAGGCCCAGCCUAGACCCCGUACUCCCUCACCUGGUGUCCCGGGCAGCCCCCCUGGUAGGCAGCCCCCACCAUGGCCGAGCACCUAGAGCUGCUGGCAGAGAUGCCUGUGGUGGGCCGGAUGAGCACACAGGAGCGGCUGAAGCAUGCCCAGAAGCGACGCGCCCAGCAGGUGAAGAUGUGGGCCCAGGCUGAGAAGAACCACAGGGAAAGGCCACGGAAGGAGGUAGUGGGUGGCGUGCCACGGAAGCGGGUCCUCUUCCCUCCCAGUGUCACCCUUCUGGAAGCUGCUGCCCGAAAUGACCUGGAGGAAGUCCGUCAGUUCCUCGAGAGUGGGGCCAGCCCUGACCUGUGCAAUGAGGAUGGCCUGACGGCCCUGCACCAGAGCUGCAUCGAUGACUUCCGGGAGAUGGCGCAGCAGCUCCUGGAGGCCGGGGCCACAGUCAACGCCUGUGACAGCGAGUGCUGGACACCCCUGCAUGCUGCAGCCACCUGUGGCCACCUGCAUUUGGUGGAGCUGCUCAUUACCCGUGGUGCUGACCUCCUGGCGGUCAACGCUGAUGGGAACAUGCCCUAUGACCUGUGUGAGGACGAGCAAACGCUGGACUGCCUAGAGACAGCCAUGGCCAACCGUGGCAUUACCCAGGACAGCAUCGAGGGGGCCCGGGCCUUGCCAGAGCUGCACAUGCUGGACGACAUCCGGAGCCUUCUGCGAGCAGGGGCUGACCUCGAUGCACCCCAGGACCAUGGGGCCACGCUGCUACACAUCGCUGCCGCCAAUGGGUUCAGCGAGGUGGCUGCCCUGCUUUUGGAACACCGGGCCAGUCUCAGUGCCAAGGACCGCGAUGGCUGGGAGCCCCUGCACGUUGCCGCCUACUGGGGCCAGGUGCACCUGGUGGAGAUGCUCGUGGCCCACGGGGCGGACCUGGACGGGAAGUCCCUGAUGGAUGAGACGCCUCUCGACGUGUGCGGGGAUGAGGAAGUGCGGGCCAAGCUGCUGGAGCUGAAGCACAAGCAUGACGCACUCCUGCGUGCCCAGGGCCGCCAGCGCUCUCUGCUGCGCCGCCGCACGUCCAGUGCGGGGAGCCGCGGGAAGGUGGUGAGAAGGGUGAGCUUGAGCCAGCGCACCAGCCUGUACCGCAGGGAGCAUGCCCAGGAGGCCAUCGUGUGGCAGCAGCCGCCACCCACCAGCCCCGAGCCCCCGGAGGAGGAUGCGGACGGCCAAACUGACACGGAGCUGGGCCCGCCGCCCGCGGAGGAGGAGGACCCUGAGGUGGCUCGGCCACACAAUGGCAGAGUGGGGGCCCCCCUGGGGUGGCACCUGUACUCCAAGCGGCCGGAUCGCAGUGUUUCCUACCAGCUGGGCCCCCUGGAGAGCACCGUCCCCGAAGCCCUGGCCCGGGCUAAGGCCUACCACACCCUGGCGGAUCUCAAGCGCCAGCGAGCUGCUGCUAAGCUGCAUCGUCCCUCACCUGAGACCGGCCAGCCUGUGGACACUGAGACCCCCCAGCCAGAGAGCAGCCCCAGGGCUGGCGGAGACCCACCCCUGCUCAAGCUCGCAGCUCCUCCGGAGGAGACUCCCCCAGAGAGGAGGCCAUGCUGCCGGCUCACGUGAGGCAUGAGCCACACAGGACCACGAGGUCUGCCACAGGCUGCCUCAAGCCCCUGCUCUGGGGACCCCACAUGUGUCCUGGUACUGCUGUGGGUGGGCAGUCAGCUUCUCAUCCUGGCUCAGGGAUGAACAUGUGGCAGAAGCCAUACCUGAGCGGCUUGGCUGCGAGACCAGUUCAUGCUGACUGUUGAUAAAGGGCUGUUCUGCCA